AUGUCCCGGCUGCAGGGCAGUUUGAGCGGGACAGUUGUGGAAGCGCAGUCGUUUGGAGACUGGCCCUGGGCACUCCACAUAACCAGAACCACAACGCCUUCUGCUGCCAUGAAGCUCAUUUCUCCCAGGGACUUUGUGGAUGUGGUGUUAGUCAAGAAGUACGAGGAUGGGACCAUCGGCACCAAUGCCACGCACAUCGAGCACCCGCUGUGCCCCCCAAAGCCGGGCUUUGUGAGAGGAUUUAACCAUCCCUGCGGCUGCUUUAUCGAGCCUGUGCCAGGGGAGCCCGACAAGACCAACCUGGUCUCCUUCUUCCAGUCCGACCUAAGCGGCUUCCUCCCACAGAGCGUGGUGGAUGCCUUCUUCCCACGGAGCAUGGCCGAGUUUUACCCCAACCUUCAGAAAGCGGUGAAGAAAUUCUGUAGCUGACCCUCUGCUGCUGGUCGGGAGCGCCCGGAGCUGCCCGGCCCUCCUCAGCACAGCCGGCCACCGCCACGCCACUCAGGGCUGGCCUGGCAAUGGGGACAGGCAGCCAGGUGGACCAGGCUCCAGCCAUCCCAGACUGACGGCGUGUGGGCGCAGUGGGAGACGCUGUCCCCACGGCCAUGCCCCCUGUUCUCAUCACCUGGAGCACUGCACACCUGCUCCCCACGCCCCAUCCAUGGCUUCUAUACUGCCUAAGACUCGGGCCCACAGUUUGGAGAAAUGAGAGUUUAAACCAUCAGAUAAGAACAAGAAAAAGCCAGGCCAGGCGCCAGUGGCUCACAGCUGUCAUCCUAGCGACUCAGGAGGCUGAGA